CAUAGCUCAUACAACUCAGCAUUUUUCGUCGUUGAAUGGCUUUCUUCUUCUUCAUUUGGGAUAUUUUCUAGCAUAAAGCCCUUCUCCUUCUCAAAUUCUCUCUUCGAUUUUCCUUUUCCUUUUCAUUCUCUCUCCGAGAAAAUCGCAAUCUCAGAUUUUCUCGGAGAUUGAUUCGAUUCAAUUCGAUUCAUUCUUUUUUGUUUUCUUCCUUCGUUCAUCGUUCGAUUCAACCGAUCAAGAUGAGUAUGGGAAAGUUCGUCGAAAUGCUCGAUCAAGGCGUCCGAAUAGUCGCCAGAUUUCAUUCCAAUUGUCCUCAAACAGGUCGCAAGUACUACCAUCCUCCCGGCGUCUCCGCCGACGCCGACCACCAACAACACCACCACGACCACGCCGGCUUCCACCUUGCCUCGUCGGUGCAGAUGUUCUAUUGUGGCCCCAAGGCGGCUGUGGCGGCUGGUUCUGAGACCGUUGACGUGAUUCUGUAUUCUGUUUGAUUGGAAAGAAAACGAUUGAAAGAAGAUGAAUUAGUUUUUUUUAAUUAAUAUUUUAGAUCUUGUAAUUGUUAAGACAGGUUUUCAUUUCCCAAUCCGACUCUUCUCUCCCUCAAUUCAUGUUACAAAUAGAGAUAUCA